GAGGGUCAGCAGCUGAGGGCCCACCAGCUCGUGUUGGCCGCCUGUUCACCAUAUUUCAGGCGCCUGUUCGCCGACACCCACCACAGGCCCGUCCACUAUCCCAUUGUCGUGAUUAAGGGCAUGCCAUUCGCCGAUCUUAAGGCUAUUGUUGAGUUUAUAUACUGGGGAGAGGUAUGCAUACCGCGCCGGCAGCUCCAGUCGUUGUUGGCUAACGGCGCUGAGCUACAGGUUAAGGGUCUCCAUGAGUUUGAUAUGGAUAACUGGGCGGACAGUGCCGGCGCUGCCAUUGACGACGAUGAGCAGGAGGUGGCGGCAGAGGAUGAAGAGGAAGAGGUUGUCGACGAGUCGAUCGGCGGCGACAAACAGGCCGUCAAAUCGGUGGGAAAGGGACGCCUGAAUGCGUGCGAAAGUGACGAAAACGGAGCCGUUAGCGCCCGAAAGCAAACCCGGAAGUUGAGGGGUAGGGCCGGCCCCUCAAAGGCAGCCAAUGGCGACGCUAACGGCACCGAUACGUGGCCGGUAAAUAACGGCCGAUCGCACACUACUGUCGCUAAUGAUGAGAUGGUAGCCAAUGAUACGCCAGUCGACGAUAAUAGUCGUAAAAGUAAUGAUAAACUCAAACAAAUUACUGCCAAAAGUAGCGCUAAAAGCGAGUGGAAAGACAGCCAGAGCGAUGGGAACGCCAAUAAUAAUGACAAUAACUGUGAGACUAGUAUCGCACUGCUAAUGGAUUGGGAUGUGAAUGGCAGUGAGGCUAAGAAAUCAAUGACCGAUGACUCGCCGACCAGCAGCAGCAGCACCGGUAGUAAUAGCGGCGAUACGUCGGUGCCCUUCAAUGUGGUCGACCAGUCGAUGAGC